AUGGAAUCACAUUGUAUCCGGUCCACCAUGGCGCUGGGGUUGUCCUCCAAGAAAACCUCUUCCCGGAACAUUUCAGUAGAAAGGAAAAACCUGAUUACCGUCUGCAGAUUUUCUGUGAAGACUUUAUUGGAAAAAUAUACGAUAGAACCCAUUGAUGACUCAUCAGAGGAGUUUGUGAACUUUGCUGCAAUUUUAGAGCAUAUACUCAGCCAUCGUUUCAAAGCCUGCUUCCUCCUAGGUCCUGCCAGUUGGUUUAGCUCUGAUGGACAACGUGGCUUCUGGGAUUACAUCCGCCUGGCAUGCAACAAAGUCCCAAAUAACUGCGUCAGUAGUAUUGAAAACAUGGAAAACAUAAGUACCUCCAGAGCUAAGGGCCGGGCGUGGAUUCGUGUGGCCCUGAUGGAGAAGCGCAUGUCUGAGUAUAUUGCUACAGCACUGCGGGAUACCAGAACAACCAGGAGAUUUUACGAUGAUGGAGCAAUAAUGCUGCGAGAAGAAUCAACUGUCCUUACAGGAAUGCUGAUUGGCCUCAGUGCUAUAGACUUCAGUUUCUGCCUGAAAGGGGAAAUUAUGGAUGGUAAGACACCAGUGGUUAUCGACUAUACUCCAUAUCUGAAGUUUACACAGAGUUAUGAUUACCUAAGUGAUGAAGAGGAGCGGCACAGCCUGGAGAGCAGUACCAGUGAAGAGAGCUCUCCUGACCAUCCGUACCUACCCUUAGUGACUGCAGAAGACAGCUGGUACAUUAAAUGGCGCAAGAUAGAGCAGAAGUUUCGCAUCGUCUAUGCACAAAAGGGCUAUCUAGAAGAGCUAGUUCGGUUGAGAGAGUCACAACUCAAGGAUCUGGAGGCAGAAAACAAACGCCUGAAGUUAAGGCUGGAAGAGGUGAAGGUGCAGAAUCAGUUAGAGAAACGGGAGUUGGAAGGGAUCAUCCUGGAACUGCAAGAGCAGCUGACGGGCCUCAUUCCUUCAGACAACAGCCAGUUUACCCAGCUCUCCAAGGAUAUGGCUGCACCCUUGGUGAACCAAUGGCCGUCUUUGGGGAUUCUGAACGGUAAUGAAAAUCAUGCAGAAGCCAAGAUAUUCAGGAGGCAUAGCUUCAUGAGCACAGAUCAACUUUCCACAGAAAUAAGCUUGAGUUCUGAUUCACAACGGAUGGGUGAAGGAAAACAUGAAGGGGAACCUUGGGGACCACUGGGAAAGGACCCAACUCCGUCAAUGUUGGGCCUUUGUGGAUCUUUGGCCUCUCUGCCUAGCUGCAAGUCUUUAGCUAGCCUAAAAUCCAACGAGUGUCUGGUGAGCGACAGCACAGAGCCUAGCCCUGCUCAUAGUCCCAGCUGA